UACUCACAGACUUUCCUUUUACAACUGCUCUCUUUAAAAAGCACAUCCUCUCCCCGCAGAGACAUGCGAGUGAUAGCUAUCAGUGUGCACCGACUCACUGAUACCUCCCUCUCUCAGCCUUCGUUAAUAAACGUUCUACGAGAGCUUCAGGGCAGAAUGACUGUAUCAAGACCUCUCAGUGCUGAAAUGAUGUCUUGAUCGUCUGGUGUGAUGGAUUGUCGCUCUCCACCGAGGCUGAAGCUGCUGUUCGCGUUUCUGCUCGUAUCUACCAACAGUGUCUGUCUGCAUGGAACUCCUGUCACAGGGGUGGACCACCAUCUUCACUGUGUGAAUGAUUACCUGUACACCAUCAACUGCUCCCUGAGCAUCGCAACAUCAGAAAACUACUCAGACAGCAACAGCUCCUACUGGCUCACUUUCAUAGAAACAUAUGAAAAAAAGAAGUUUGUGUGUACGCUGACAAACACCGAUGAGGAUUACUUCUGCUCCUUAAGAACAUCCAAUCCAAUACCCGAUGAAGAUGCUGGGACCUUUAUAGAUCUAGAUUGUUUUGAAAUCUCACUUUGUCACAGCCAGAAUGAUGGGCCUGAAAUCUGUGAGCAGCUGGUGGACAAAUAUCUACCCAUGAAUAACAUUACACCAAACGCACCGUGCCAACUCACAGUCAGCCCCAACGCAGGUCAACACCACUUCACAUGGAUAAGUACCUACGAGGAAUAUGAAGAUUACACCAGUCUUGUCGAAAACCUCAAGUUUCAGCUCCAUUACUACAAAAGAGGAGACACACGCCUGUUAUCGCAUGAAAUCAACACCAACAGUUUGAAUUAUUCUGUGGAUGAUGAGAACUUUGAGCCAGACACCAAGUACGCCGCAAGAGUACGGUCCAGUCCUAAUCAGGCUUACUACAAGGGACAGUGGAGUGACUGGUCUUCUGAGGUUUACUGGGGGACGGAGUCGGCUGGGAAUGUCCAUACAGAACUCUCAUCAAACACAUUUGUUUCUGGACUGGGUAAGACGCUCAUCCCCCUGUGUGUGCUGGUGCCAUUCGUGCUACUGUUCUGCUACACUCCAAUUAAAAAGUGGAGGCAGAGUGCCUUCAUCCCAACUCCAGCACCCUAUUUCCACACACUGUACAGUGACUUCCAGGGUGAUUUCAAGAGCUGGGUGGUUACACAAGAAAACACGGCAGACAUGCUGAAGGCUGAGGAAACGCUCCAGAUUGACAAUCUUACCGAGUGUCAAGUCGUCGAGGAGGAGGAAGAAGAGAGUCAGCUCCAGUUUCACCACCAGUUGAUGGAGGGUGGCAUGUACAGCAAUAUAACUGACCCAGGCUGCGAUACUCUUCUCCUGGGCAUCCCGUACACUGUGAUCACCAUGGUCCCGCCUUCAUCCGCAGGGAGCUCUCACCAGAGUCUGACCCUCAGCUCACAGCCGGGGAGCCCUGCUCAAGGAGACUCUGGGUGUUGGCUGGAAAAGGACCUUCCCAGGUACUGCACCAUGAGCGCCUUCCAGCAGAGCGGUCCGGUCACAGCCGAGGACCCUGGGAGCUCAUCAACCAAAUCCUGCUCCUGCGCAACAGGGCUCAUCAGAAUGGAGGCCAUUACUGAAGCAUAAGCUGAUGAGUUAGCGUGUAGUAGAAAGUAAAAUAGUCUGAAGAUGAACUUCAAAUAGUGUUGGGCCUGAAGUUCAACUAGACAUUUAGACCGUGAAAUUAAACGCUUCAAGUUAAAAACUUGCAUUCUUAAUUUCUGUUUUUACAUACUUUGCUAUUACAUUAAUGUGCACUUGUGAUUGUAAAAUGCUUCCACAGCAUUAUGCGUAAUGUAGAUAUUAAUUGCAUAACCGUUGCUUGAGUCAAAUGAGUAAAGGAACUGUAAACAAAAUAUUUGUCAGACAUUCUUAAUAGAUAUUAAUUUUGACAUUUUGUAUUUUUUAGUCUCUGAAGCCUUAGUGGUUAAGUUAAGCUUGCUGUAUAUUUUAAAUCACUUAUUAAAUAAAAUGCUAAAGUUUUGUAGAAAGUUUUAUUUACGCCAACACAUACAUGAACAAAGCACCGAAUAACCUUAAAG